UGGCUUUCAAGUAUUACAAAUUGUCCCAGAAGAUUGAGUAAGCGAACCCGUGCACUGCCAGAUUGAAUUACGAAUGAUGGCGGGAGCGAGACUAUCUAGACUGCUUCUUAGUCUUGCUGUGAUCACCAAGGCUGUAUUCUUCAUCACCAGCAGACUGACCAUUCUGCUUGUCGCGAAGUUCAUCCCUUUUGUAAGACACCGGUUUGAGAGAAGGCUGGCCGGUUUCCUCGAUGAUUCUCCUGUGUCAGCUGUGGACUUGAUCGACUCCACGUAUUCCUUUGUUUUCAUAAGAACCAUGAUCCAAGGUCUGCUGUGCGACAUUUUCAAAACGGUCUGUGUAGGGGACCCGGCUGUUAAUGUCGACGUGUGGUCACGUGACGGGCAGACGCGACUGAAACUUUAGGAUUUUUCCAAACGAGGCCGGCCUUUCGUCGUCUGCUUCGGCAGCUGCACCUGACCCGUAUUUCUGGUGAAAAUGAGAAAGUUUAAAGACAUGAUACGAAACUACUGCGACUUAGCUGACUUUGUUAUAGUGUACAUUAAAGAGUCGCACCCCGUAGACGAAUGGGCAGUAAACAAUAACAAGUUUACGACGAGACAGCAUCAGUCACUUGCUGAUCGCUCCAAAGCGUCUGAUAAUCUCGUAACGGAAAUGACGCAAUAUCCGCCUCCCGUCACGUGCCCAGUCGUCCUUGACACAAUGGACGACGAAGCGUGCCGGUGCUAUGGCGGAUCUCCUGACCGAUUCUACGUCAUCCUGAACGACGUUGUGGUGUAUCAAAGCGGGAUGGGACCGAUGUUCAGCCCCCUGGGGGACGUGGAAAUCUGGUUUGCCGCACACAUGAAAACGCUGUAGUGUAUCGGGGGUGGGGGUGGGUACAGCCUCCGGUGAAGCCUGGCUGUAGUUUACGUUUAGGUCUCAUUACACAGAUAGUAUACGAGCUCAGAUUUGUGCUAAAACAGCGUGCUGGAAGCUUAUAAAAGCACGAAAAUAAAAUAUAAUAACCAGUCAUUACUGUAGUAUAGCACAUUAUUUAAAAACAUUUCCAUCCUCAGAAUACGAGAAUUUGUUAGCAAACCCAUAAGAGUAACUUCCCUUGGAUGCAGUGUGUAAGAAGGAAGGAAGUGGACGCACUCAACACAUAUGGACUCGGACAUAUGGUUAAGGACCAUACAGAUAUUGAGGGAGGAAACUCGCUGUCGCCACCUCAUGGGCUACUCUUUUUCGAUUAGUA